AGUAUAAAAAUUGGACAGAUGCAAUUUUAUAUGGAAAAAGUCGAUAAUAAUUUUAUCAUUGGAAUUAAUUCUGAGAACAAACCAAUUGUAACACAAAAUUUGUUGACAAAAAAUGUGUUAGUUAUUUCAAAUGACACGUUUAUAUUUGAACAGAAUAAUUGCAACGCUUUUUAUGGUUCAAUGUGUAUAUAUAAAAAAAUAACCAAAUGUGAACGUGGUUAUUAUUCUUCACAAUUGAAAAAGUGUGUUGACUGUUUAAACACCAAUUGUUUGCAAUGUAUUUUAAGUCAAAACAAUUGUUCAUUGUGUUCUCCAAAUUACAUUUUUAAAAAUGGUGAAUGUAUUAUGAUCACAAAUUGCAAAUUAAUAUUGUCUAAUAGAUGUAUCAAAUGCACAGAAGAGUACUUAUUAAAAGAUGGAUCAUGUGUUUAUGAUACUAAAUGUUUAGUAAAAACAUUUAAUGAAAAAUGUUUAAUUUGUAACAACAAUAAUGGUUUCAUACUUAACAAGGUUGAUUGCAUUGAAUCGGACAAAAACGGUGAAAUUGUGGACAAUUUUAAAACUCUUUCUUGUUUAAAAUAUUAUUUUUUGAACGAUUCAAAGUGUUAUAAGUGUUAUGAGAAAUAUUUAAACAAUGAAUUGUGUGAAAAUGGAAAAUUGACAAAAUGUGAAAAUAACAGUUUUAUGACCGAUACCAAUUUUUGUGAAAUAAAAACGUGUGAUAAUCCGAAUGACGAAAAUGGUCAAUGUACCACUAAUGCAACAUUUUGCAAUAUCACAACAAAUAACCAAUGUGUUGAAUGUAAUACAAAUUUCGUACUUUAUAACAAUUUGUGCAACAUUUCUUUAUAUCCAAAUUGUGAACUACAAACAAAAAGUGGAUGUUUAAGAUGUGAAAAUCUAUAUUACUUUGAUAAAACAACCGAAAGUUGUGAACAAUGUGAUGAUAAUUGUUUGACUUGUAUUGAAAAAUCAACAAAGUGUUUAAAAUGUAAAAGUAAUUUUUUUAUAUCAAAUUAUCACUGUUUUACGAAUCAAGAUUUAGAAGAAGUGUGUGAUCAAUAUGCAGAGUUUGGAAGUGGUUGUGUUGCGUGCAAAGAAGGGUAUUAUCGAGAAGGACUAAAUUGUUUUUUUUGUGACAUAAAAUGUUCAAGUUGUAACAACAAAGAUAAUUGUUUAACUUGUAACUUAACCAAUUACAAAACAAUAAACGAUAAUUGUCUUCCUCAAAGCAACAUUGAAGGUUGUCAAGUUAAUGUAACACAACAAGGUUGUUCUUUAUGCAAAGAUGGUUAUUUUAUAAUUAACUCCAAUGAGUGUGAAAAAUGUGACAACUCGUGCAAAACGUGUUAUUACAAUAAAAACUAUUGUAUAUCUUGUUAUUCAACAUUAGUACUGACUUCAAAUGGAAGUUGUGUUGGUUUAUCUCAAAUAUUUAAAUGUAUUGAAAUAACAAAUUCCAAAUGUAUAAAAUGCUCGUUUUGGUAUACACCAAGUUGGGAUGGCACUUUUUGCAAAACCAAAGCUGUUUGGUGGUUGAUUCUUUUAUGUAUUAUAUUCGUAUUAGUAAUUAUUAGUGCCUUACUUGUUAUAAUAAUAUUUAUCACAAAAUAUGUCCUUAAAAAAAGACACAAAACAGAAAUUCGAAAAACGACAACUCUCUUUAAAAUGAAACGGUCAAAUGUCAAAUUUGUUUCACUCUCAAAUGGAGUUUGUGUUUCAUCUCAAAAAAUUGAUUUCAACACAGACAUUGAUGAAAUUCCCGUCAACCAAGAGACAAAAACAAUGUUUUGUGUUGGUAAUUACAACAAGAAAACAGUCAAAAUUCAGUUAACAUAUUCUACGAUUAAUUCAGACAAAUUUUUAAUAAGAAAUGAUCCUGAGGUUGUUAUUCUUAAAACAGGUAUUGCUUCCGAAUUUUCUAUGUAUGUUCAACCUUUGUGUUCUUGUCAAUUUAAAACUGAAUUCCAAAUAGUAUCAAAAACUCUUGCAUCAAAUGAAGUUAAUUAUUAUAACAUCAAAUUAGUUGGUGUAACAUGUCAAUCAACAAAAAUUGACUAUGAAGAACUUGUUGCAGAAAAAUAUCUUGGGGAAGGAGCAUUUGGUAUAGUGUACAAAGGAACUUAUCGAAAUAGUAUUGUUGCAAUUAAAAAAUUGAAAGAAAUAGACGAAAAUGGCUUAGAAGAGUUUAAUAAAGAAGUCUUGAUGUUAGACAAAUUCCGAAGUGAUUAUGUCGUCCAUUUUUAUGGUGCCGUUUUCAUUCCAAAUAAAAUUUGUAUGGUCACCGAAUUUGCAGAAUAUGGUAGUUUAAAUGAUUUGAUGAAACACAAAAGAAGUGAAGAAAUUAAAAUGAAAAUUCGAAACAAAUUCUUGUUAGACGCAGCAAAGGGACUCGUUUAUUUACAUGAAAAUGGGAUUAUACACAGAGAUAUUAAACCAGAUAACAUUUUAAUAUUUUCUCUUGAUUUUCAGAAUGAAACUGUUAGUGCAAAACUUACUGAUUUUGGAAGUUCGCGUAAUAUAAAUAAAUUAAUGACUAACAUGACGUUUACUAAAGGAGUUGGUACACCAGUGUUUAUGGCACCCGAAGUUUUGAACAAAAAACAUUACAAAAAGAGUGCUGAUAUUUAUUCUUUUGGAAUAACAAUGUUCGAAACGUUUUCGUGGAGUUGUGCAUACCCCGAAGAUAAGUUUAAAUUUCCAUGGAAAAUUGCAGAAUUUGUCAUUUCUGGCCAAAGACUUGAAAAACCCAAAGAAUUAACAGAAGAUUUAUACAAUAUAAUUACGAAAUGUUGGGCACAUAACAAAGAAGAAAGAUUUGUGCAAAAGAUGUUGUUAUUUUACUGGAUAAUUGUUUGA